UUUGUGUUGUCAGAAAUCUUACCCAACAAACAGUAAAGAACAUCCAGAACCAACGCCUACCUCACAACACACACCCACACAAGAAGGAACUUCUAAAAGGUUCGAUCUUUAUUAGGGUUUUUGAAAUCCUGCAACAAAAUCACCUCUGCUUUGAUGUACUCUAUCUGGGUUUAAACACUUGUUGGAGUUUUCUGGAUCAAAUAGUGGACUGGGAGGGGGUCAAAAUCUUGAUCUUGACAAGGGAUUUUCUUGAAAAAAAUGGGUUGUCAAUGUGAUCACUGCGGGGAGGCGAGGUCGAUGGUCUAUUGUCGAUCGGAUGCAGCCUACUUAUGUUUGUCGUGUGAUCGAAUCGUCCAUUCUGCGAAUGCCCUAUCGAAACGCCAUUCAAGAACACUCGUUUGCGAUAGGUGCAAUUCACAACCCGCAGUGGUUAGAUGCAUCGAGGAAAAAGUAUCUCUUUGUCAGAAUUGCGAUUGGGUUGGUCAUAACGGUUCGUCUUUGGGUUCAACCACACACAGUCGGCAAACGUUGAAUUGCUAUUCGGGUUGUCCUUCGGCUGUAGAACUUUCUUCUAUUUGGUCAUUUAUGGAUUCUGCUUGUGAGCAAGGAAUAGGUUCAAUGAGUAUUGCUGAUAAUAGCCAAGGACCUUCUAGAAACAACAAUAAUCAAGAUUUACGCGAAGCAAAUGGUAUCGAAAGCGGAAAUAACUCCAAUGUAUGGACGGGUUCUUCAACUAUCCGCGUUGAUAAUAGGCCGCAAAAUGUGGUUCAACAAGCCGGACCCAUAAAUUCUUCUCAAUCCAAGAUAUCACAAUCAGGGACAGAAGAUCCUGAACCAUUUGUUGAUGAUGGGUUCUAUGCCGACUUUAACAUGGACGAAGUUGACUUGAGCAUCGAGAAUUAUGAAGAACUCUUUGGCGUAGGCCAUAACGAUCCCGAACAUCUUUUUGCGAAGGAUGGGAUCGACAGUUUGUUCGGUGGUGCCGAUUCAAAUUGCCAGGGUCCAUACGCAGCCAAGGAGUCUUCAACCGGACACGGAAAUGCGGUGCAACCAGCAUGCAGUAACGCAGCAUCAGCUGAUUCGUUAAUGAGCUGCAAAACGGAACCAAACCCAUGUUAUGCAAGGCAACACUCAAAUAUCUCGUUCUCAAGCCUCACCGGGGAGAGCAGUGCCGGUGAAUAUCAAGACUGUGGAGCUUCUUCCAUGCUUCUCAUGGGAGAGCCGCCAUGGUGCACUGGCGGCGCUGAUCAAAACACCACGCCUAUCGGUAGCAGAAGCGAUGCUGUCCUCCGUUACAAGGAAAAAAAGAAGAUGCGCAAAUUUGAGAAGAGAGUGAGGUAUGCUACGCGGAAGGCACGAGCGGAUGUAAGAAAGCGUGUGAAAGGGCGGUUUGUGAAAGCCGGCGAUGCUUAUGAUUACGACCCCAUGAGUCAAACCCGAAGCUUCUAAGGGUCUUGACCAUAUUUCUUUUAUCAUAUCAAUAACGGGAUGAACAUCAAGAUCAUCUGAUUCCACCUGUUUUCGUGUCGAUUUCAAGAACAACAGGAUCCAUCGUGAUAUCUUCAGCCCUUCGGGCUAAAACAAGGUUUUAGUCUGUUUUUGUUUCUCGAAUUCGUAUUCAAAUGGUAAAAUCUUUUUGUUAGAAGAAGCCCGGUUCUUCGUUCAUGGCUUCUUCUGAUUCCUACACGACCUAUAAUUCGCUUUGGAGCGUAUUUAUCGGGGUUGUAGACGAUGAUGAUCGAUCGAUCGUUAGUGUAGAAUCGCAUGUAAUUAUGUAUGUAUCUACAUAAAGAAAAUUUGGAUGCAUGAUGGGAUGAAAAUGGAGAUAGAAAUUUGUGAUAAUUGUUGUGGUUUGGUUGGUAUGUAAAAAUGAGAGAUGUAAAUCACAGUUGAAUUAGGGUUUGAGUCAAACCACUUUUUGUAGUUCAUUUUUUGUGAAUGAUUG